AUGCCCUCGCCUACGACGACGUCCUCGUCGGGCUCCUCGCUCCGCCGCUCAACACGGCGUAGCUCUACCACUGGCUUGCUCGCUCCGGCAUCGAGGCGGCCUCCGACGACGCCGAUCCCGGUGCCGAACUUGACGAAGAAGAGCCGCGGACGGCGGGUCCCGACGAGUCCGGUGCUGGUGGUGCAGGGCGGCGUCACGAAGAACGUCAGAGGGUAUGCAUGCGUGGUUGAGGGAUGCGGGAAGUGCUUCGCGAGAGGCGAGCACUUGAAGAGACAUGUGCGGAGCAUUCACACUUGGGAGAAGCCGCAUAAAUGCCCUUAUCCUGGAUGCGGCAAGGACUUUAGCAGGCACGACAACCUUGGGCAACAUAUGCGCGUCCACAAGGAUUUUUCGGCGCCUAAGGACGGGAGGGUGAGAGGGACUCGCCGGUGCGGCUCAGAAGCUGCACCGCAUUAA